CAGCUCUUCCUUCACCCACGUGUCACUUCCUCGCCCAAUGCAUCGAAUGGAUCGACGAUAAGAACACGAACUCACCUACAAGAACUCACCGGAAAUCUCUCUUUCCGCUCCCUGUGUGUGACAAGACAUCACUCUCUAUUUCGUUUUGCUUUCUCAUCCUCAGAUCCAUCUCUGUAACUCUCAUGGAGUCUCAGAACCUCAAGCAACGGACAAGAGAUGAAACCCCCGUCGCGAGCGACGACACAAUUAGUGACGUCCAAAGCACCGACGACGACAACAUGAAGAACAAGAAGGAAAGGAAAGCGAAGAUGGUGAAGGCCAAAGGCGGCGUUCGAUCCUUAAUCCUUUCCGUAGCUUUGCCUCUCUCUGCAACCCUAGCCGCAAUCUCCUCCUUAGAUUUCGGUCGCCCAUAUGGUGAAAUACCGAAUAAGCCCUUCUGGUACCCACCUCUUUGGGCUCUCCACUUGGCUUCUGUGGCUUCCUCUCUCCUCAUGGGUCUCUCCGCUUGGCUUGUAUGGGCCGAGGGUGGUUUCCAUAACCAAGCAGCAGUGUUGUUUCUUUAUCUGGCCCAACUCGUACUGGGCUUAUCUUGGGCCCCCAUCACUUUCGUUCUGGGAUAUACUAUGAUUGGGUUAGUCGUGUGCAUGGUUCUCUUGGGAGCUCUCGUUGGGUGUUCUCAGAGCUUCAGGAAGGUAAACCCCAUCGCUGGUGAUCUGGUUAUGCCGUGUUUGGCUUGGGUGGCUUUCAUGACCAUUGUAAAUUUUAGCCUUCUUUACCUUUGAAGUUGCCUGUUUGGUACUUUGUUGGUAGUGGUGGUCUUAUAUGUAAUUAGUUUAUCUUAUAUUGUUGCUUAGCCAAAACAAUAGUGUGUUAUAACUUUUUAGUAACCAAUAUUACUAUAAUCUCUUUUGGGUUU